GGAGUCUGACAUUCUGAUUUCGUUGCUGCUUUGGGCUUUGGAGACGUCGAAUCUCUGUGGAUGGAGGUUGCAGAACUACAGGAAGCUUUGAGGGUUUUGGACUCUUCCGUCUCGCGGAUUAAAUGGAGACUAAGAGCAGCGACAAAGCGUCGACUCGAGAUAGAUAUCCUAGCCUUAUGCACAGGUUUGAGACCGGUAGUAAUGGUGGACUAUGGGGGGAAGAUGCCUGAACUGCAAGAUCGGCUUUGCACCGUCUUAGAACUUAGCCAAAAGGAGUCAUCUAUUUUAGGGUCAUUGAAAAUAAUGGUUCUAGAAGAUAUGAUUUAUCUGAUACAUGUUAGAGGAUUUGCUCAAUAUGUGGAAUCAAGCUUAAAGUCAGAGACAAAAAUUCUCUUUGUAGACCUUCAACAGGAUCCUCCAAAGAUGAUGUUGCCAGGGGAACAAAAUUCAAUCACAACGCAAUUUAUGUUGAUUCAGAGGUUCUUUGCAUCUGUAUUUCCUGUUGAUGGAAUGGGCAAGGAACUCAUGCAUUGUAAGGGGACAGAUCAUGGGGAUGACAAGAAUUCUCAAACCUCUGAUUUGAUUUCUUCUCAAUCAUCUCUUUUUGAUCUCAGUGGAUGCAUACGAAACAGUCAGGUCACCUUGCCAACCCUAAACGGAUGGCUUCUUGGUUAUCCGGUAGUGUACUUGUUUGGAAAGGAGCAAAUUGCAGAUGCAAUUUAUAAUUUGUCUACCAAGUCUCUACAUCUCUUCAAGAUUUUAAUUUGCAGAAAUGGUGUAUCUAGAAAAGGACCUCGGCAAGAAGAACUAAUGAGUUUCUCUGUGCCUUACGACCUGAGCAUGGGAGGGAAGAAUGAACCAUGGGCAGAGGAAUUCCUUGCUUCCAUGAUGACCAAGUGGGAAAGAUGUAAACAAGCAUGGGGGAAUUUGCAGAUGGAGGUUAGUGAAUGCUAUCCACAAGCAGUUGUAUUGUAGUAAUUAUUACAAGACAUUAAUUUUUUUGUUACUAUAAUUAAUUGCUUGUCCAUUAAUCAAUUAGCAUCUAUGUCCAAUUAGUAGUUCUAAUUAACAAAAUCCUUGAGAGGAGCUUCCCAGCACUUAAUGUAAUCCCUCUUAUCUCUUAUUUCUCCUGUAUUUUGAUUGAUAGCAAUGAAUUGUUUGAUAAUA